AUGGUUGACAAGUACGAAUCUGGUAGUGGAACUGACGAUGAUCAUCCUGCGGAGAUUUUCCAUAAACAGCCGCUACAAGCGCAAGGUGCUCGUGGACCUGUUGGAAAGAGAUCUGCAAGGGGAAGAACUUCUGAGCCUCUCCCAGUCAUGGAAGAUACAGACCUAGCAAUGCUUGAACUGGAAGCGUAUACUGCAGUGCUCCGGGCUUUUGGAGCUCAACCAACAGCUCUCACCUGGUCAAAGGAGAGGAUUAUGUGCGAUCUGAGGAAGGAACUCAGAAUUUCGGAGGAACAGCAUCGACAGCUCGCAAAAGAGCUAGAAGCCCGGCAAUUGCAAGGGUCGUUGGAUAUUUCUCCAUCAGCUACAAUAUCUGAUAUGCACCUUGCCAUCAAUUCGCUUCGUCCUGCCUCAAGCACAGGUAUCCCUCACCUUCGGACGAAGUCCAACAUUUCGCAUGUGCUUGGACCUCAAGCCUCUGAUGUUGUGGCUCCUCACCAAAAGCUGCUGUCACAACCUUCACUGGAAACUGCACGCUCACAAACGGGAGGCCGAGGCAAAAAUCUUCGACUUAUGACGCCACCAAGCAAUCUGCAAAGACGAUGUUCUCUCUCGAGCGGCAAUCCGACCACACGAUUGAUGUCAGGUGGAACCUCCUCCUCAAAAUCGCAUCUCAAGUUGGAAGACCGAAACGAAGGUCCAAAUCUUCAAUUGUGGCAAAACUUUCAAAAGGUCUCAACUCAUUUCAAAGGACCCGACAAACCUUCCAUGGGCCAAAAGGUCCAAAGGUGGUGGCCAGACGAGAAGAAGUUCUACGACGCUGUAAUCGUGGAGUAUGAUGAAGAGUCAGGGAAGCAUGCACUCGCUUACGACAUGAGAACUCCUCAACAAAGCAUUGAGUGGGUGGAUCUCAAGGCCAUACCCAGAUUUGUGAGAUAUGUUGAAGAACCGCCAGUAUCCAUCCUCGGCGUAAACCUAAAAUCUCCCAUACCGCGUGGCCGUGGAAGAGGCAGAACGAAGGUGAUUUCUGGUCAUGGAAGGGCCAAAUGGUUAAUGAGAACUCCUGCCAGUGGACUUGGAAUUGGAAGAGAGGAUUCAUUAUCAGAAGGUAACGCCAGGAAGAAGGAUGCAACGGUCGAUAUAAAUGUCAGAAAGGGUCGAGUAAUUGCAACCGAGGGCUCUCCACAUGGUGAACCUGCCGGUGAAGCAGUUACGGUGCAAGUCCCAAUUACUGAUGAUCUUUUCGAAGAAGCUGCAAGUCUGGACGAAAUUGUGGAUCCGGAGAGAUUGGCAUUCAUGAAGCAGAAAGUGAACAAAAUCACAAAAGCUCUUAGAACCGCGUUGCGUGAUCUUGGGGAGUCUUCCUCCGAGGACGAAGAUCAUCCCGACAGACAGGAAGAAGCCUAUACAGAAGACAACUGA